AUGACUGCGGACAAGGAAACACUGCGGGACGCUUUCGUGACCAUCGAUGAACUAAGGAAUGAAUUGGCUCGCGCUGCCAAUGAACUCAGUUGUGUGAAGGAGGCGAAAGCUUUACUUGAAACACAACUCGAUCAGAACUGUAUCAAGUUGGGCGAUAAUUCUGAGCUAAUUCGACGCAUCAAUGAAAAACGUUCGUCGCUGGGAGCUAAAAUUGCCAAGCUGGACACAACCUUCGAAAAGCUUGCGAAGAAGGAAUCAGCAUGUACAACUGCAAAGAGCACAGUUGAAAAGUUUGCGAAGAAGGAAUCAGCAUGUACAAAUGAAAAGAGCACAGCCUACAAACAGAAGUUAGUGGAUCUGCUGAAGAAAUUUAUGUGCGCAGCGAAAAAGGCUAUUGCAUCGGGGAAGUGGGAGGAGGUCGAUGUGGAUUGCAUCACCAGAAACUUCGAAGUGAUUUUUGGUGAACUGUUUGACGACGAACUCAACUACGACUGGCUUUUCGUGCAAAUCAAUGGGCGUAGAAAGGCGAACGAGCGACAGCUCACUCAGGCGAAAAAGAAACUGAAUGAUGCGUUAUGCGAGAAGGAGGAAUGCGCGGCACUGUUUUUCGAAGAACGAAAUAAGUUUCACGAGUUAAAAGAAAAUCUAGAUGCUCAGUUUUCUGCGGAAGCGAAUUUCUUACAAGAAUCGUCUGAGGAUACCAAACGAGAUGUUGAACAGACGCAGUGUGACGGCAAAAUUGCUAUAAGUGCAGCAAAAAAUGCCACGAAGGGUUAUCUGAACGCGCUGAUGACACGCCUCAACGACCUGGAAACGAAGCUUGGAUCUGAGCACAUGCAGAUGGAUAAAGAAAUGGAUAAAGUAAAUGACGCAAUCAAUAAAGGGAUAGAGAGACUGACGGGCGCGAAAGAAAUGAUCGUUGCUGGGACAACUGGGUUUAACGACGCGAUCAGCCAUGUGAUGGACACCAAGCACUUGUGGGAGAAUCCCAAACAAAAGCAUCAGUUCACUGAACAGCAGCUGGUAAUGAUGAGGCAGGAGAACGACAGACUAAAAAAGACAAGCGAAGCUGCGCAAGAGCAAGUGCAAAGGAUGCGUGACGAAGCAUUAAGACUGAAGCAACAAAUUGCCCAGCUUGAGGCCAAUCAGGGAAUGCCUGCAAAACAUCCCGCACUACUCAUACGAGAUCCGAAGAAUCUGUCGGGAACAGAGCAGAACAACCAGCAGUGUAGCAUUUCGUGA